UACGAAAAUCAAACACACAUAUUACAUAUAACGCACUAUUCCGUCAGUGAAUUCGUUGAUACAUAUGAUAAUGCUACUUCAUUAUGCAUUGAUGAUAAUGUGCUGUAGCUAUCUAUUAUGUAAUCUCUCAGACUCCAUUAAAAUAUGCUUAAGGCUUUAUCGCUGGUUCACAGAUGCCACAGGUCAAGAAAUUUACUUCAAGAUCAUGUAAAACUGAACCGUCAUGUAGCACGUAACAGUUUUCACACAACACGUUGUAUUAUUGGGGAAAAAAAAACUUUGAGGCGCACACCACCAGAUAUUUCACUACCUUGCUUAGGGCGACAUAGGAAAAUAUUUGUUGAUGUUAAUCGCAAAGUUAACAUUUCUCCCUGGGUCUAGAAAUUGAGGCACACACGGGACAUACAGGAAUAGACACCCCCUCCUUUCGUCUUGAACUACUUCUUCUUGGCGCUGGUAAUCGAUCGGCGCACUGUUCCACUUCAUAGUGUCAUACCUUCUGCUGCACGCUUAACAGACUGGCUGGCUGCUGUUUGUGGAGCAUGGAGGAAAAAACAAGGGAUGACAAUAGUGCCAGAGAGCAAGAAGCGCUGUCCUAUCAGAAAAGGAUGUGGAAGAAUUUUCAAGAGAGAACCAAGCCGUUUUUAAGCCCUAAACUGGGCGCCGAACGUCGGAGUGCGGACGGGAAAAAGGAGACGGGAAUAUGGAUGUUCAGGAAGAAAAAGAAGCAGGUUUUGGACCGUGUCUUUUCAUCGUCCCAGCCAAAUCUUUGCUGCUCUGCCCCAGUGCCUCUUGCCGGCGACAAGCCCCUCUGCGGUAAACCGGACCCUAGUUCCAGUCAAGGACAGGCGCUGCACCCGCUCGAAACCACGGCCGUAGAGACCGCCGCGAAAUAUGAGCUGCCGGGACAUGGAAGCCCAAAGCAUAUCGUGUCUCAUUUGGUGUUGUCCCACCAGAAAAGCUCGUCACUUGGGUCGGCUUGCUUUGAGAAAUUGGUGGUGGGUGACUCUGGCGCCGGCGGCGCAGAGGAACAGCUGCGUAAGAACGCCAGCGAUUCUGGCAUCAACAUAGUUGGACCAAGUAAUGUGUUGCCCUUGCCUGCCAAUCUGGGAAUGUACCAGCUGGACAUUGUGCUGAAGAGGGGAAAUAAUCUGGCCAUACGGGACCGGGGAGGAACAAGCGACCCGUAUGUGAAGUUCAAGAUCGCGGGGAAGGAGGUGUUCCGCAGUCGGACGAUCAACAAGAACCUGAACCCCGUGUGGGAGGAGAGCGUGUCCCUGCUGGUGGACAACCUACAGGAGCCGCUCUACGUCAAGGUUUUUGACUAUGACUUUGGUCUUCAAGAUGACUUCAUGGGUUCGGCCUACCUGUACCUUGAAUCCCUGGAGCAUAAAAGGACCCUGGAUGUGACCUUAGAACUGAAGGAUCCCCAGUACCAGGACCAUGACCUGGGGACCCUGGAUCUGGCCAUCACAGUGCUGCCCAAAGAAGGGGACUUCAGAGAGGCAAGCAUGCUAUUGAGGAGGAGCUGGAAAAGAUCCUGUAAGCAGCCGCACCAGAGCAUGCGCCUGUCGGACGUGCACCGUAAGGCCCAGCUGUGGAGGGGCAUCGUCAGCAUCAGCCUCAUCGAGGGCCGCAGCCUCCAGCCCAUGGACUCCAACGGCUUCAGCGACCCCUACGUCAAGUUCCGCCUCGGAAACCAGAAAUACAGCAGCAAGACUAUACCCAAAACCCUGAACCCCCAGUGGAGGGAGCAGUUUGACUUUCACCUGUACGAGGAGCUGGGCGGGAUCGUUGACAUCACUGUCUGGGACAAGGAUGCAGGCAAAAAGGAUGAUUUUAUGGGCAGGUGUCAGGUGGACCUGUCAGCCCUCAGUAAGGAACAGACCCACAAGUUGGACAUCCCCCUGGAGGAGGGCGAGGGCAUGCUGGUGCUGCUGGUCACGCUCACUGCCUCCGCCGCCGUCUCCAUCUCCGAACUGUCCGUCAACAUCCUGGACGACCCCGACGAGCGCCGGGAGAUCCUCAACCGCUACAGCCUGCUGCGGUCCUUCCACAACCUGAAGGAUGUGGGCGUGGUCCAGGUGAAGGUCAUCCGCGCCGAGGGGCUGAUGGCAGCCGAUGUCACCGGCAAGAGUGACCCCUUCUGCGUUGUCGAGCUGAGCAACGACCGUCUGCUGACGCACACCGUCUACAAGAACCUCAAUCCGGAGUGGAACAAGGUCUUCACCUUCAAUGUGAAAGACAUCCAUUCAGUGCUGGAAGUCACAGUCUUCGACGAAGACCGGGACAGAAGUGCCGACUUCCUGGGAAAAGUGGCCAUCCCCUUGUUAAGAAUUCAAAAUGGUGAACGGAAAGCUUACGUCUUGAAAAACAAGGAGCUGACAGGGCCAACAAAGGGGGUCAUCUUUCUCGAAAUAGACGUGAUUUUUAAUGCUGUGAAAGCUGGUCUCAGAACCCUGAUACCGAUAGAACAGAAGUACAUUGAAGAAGAGCCCAAAGUCUCGAAACAGUUGCUGCUGCAGAACUUCAACCGGGUGAGACGCGGCGUCUUGUUCCUCAUCAACGUGGGCUGCUACAUCAACAGCUGCUUCGAGUGGGAGUCCCCCCAGAGGAGCAUCUGCGCCUUCCUGCUCUUUAUUGUGGUGGUGUGGAACUUUGAGCUCUACAUGAUUCCGCUGGUGUUGCUGCUGCCUCUGGCCUGGAACUACAUCCUGAUUGCCUCGGGGAAGGACACCAGGCAGGGCGAUGUGCAAGCACUGGAGGAUCUGCUGGAGGACGCAGAGGAGGAGUUUGACAAAGAUGACAAGGUCCCAGGUUCUUUUCCCCCCGAAGGUGCCGGUCUGCCCGCAAGCCGUAUCCUUGAGGAUAUAUUGGCUUCCUGGCACUUUGAGUGGAUACACGUGAUGGUGGACUCGAAGAGAAAGGGCUUCAUGAACAAGCUGUACGCCAUCCAGGACGUGUGCAUCAGCGUGCAGAAUGCCCUGGAUGAGGUGGCCUCCUAUGGAGAGAGGAUAAAGAACACUUUUAAUUGGACUGUGCCUUUCCUGAGCUGGCUGGCCAUCGUGGCUCUCUGUGUGGCCACUGUGGCCAUAUACGUCAUCCCCCUCAGAUACAUAGUGCUGGCCUGGGGUGUGAAUAAAUUCACCAAGAAGCUGCGUGACCCCUACACAAUCGAUAACAACGAGCUGCUGGACUUCCUCUCCAGGGUUCCUUCAGAUGUCCAAAUGGUGCAGUACCAAGAGCUGAAACUGGACCCCAGUCAGAGCCCAAAUAAAAGGAAGAAAAACAAUCCCGGGUAGGCCUCUUCCUCCGCCCUGGGACUCCUCCGCUCUCCUCGCUGAGAAGGGGAGAGGUGGUCCGGACCAGCUUCACACACCCCACUCUUCAUUUUCUCGUUUUCAUUUAAUUUCAUCUUUUUUUUUUCCUCCCACAGUUGCAAAUGAUGUACGAGCUCAUACAAUUUUAUCAUUGUGUAAAAGAAGAGCAGGAUAACUUGUCAUUGACAUUAUUUUGUUUGUUUACUCGCGCUGGUAGGUGUG